AUGUUAACUUUCACUGUGCUUAUAUUUUGCUUCUUAUGGUUUGUGACUCUGUUCAAUCCCUUAGUUGGAUCCUCAGAACGCCUUUUUGCUGGUGAUUUUCGUGCACCAGAUCCACCUGAUUCAAUCAUUGCUGAAUAUCAAGCUUCAUAUGUACAACACAAAUGGGAUGCAACAGGUAUUUCACAUAUUGUAAGUGGAAUGAUAUAUGCUAGUCCUUCUGUGGGAAGUCUUCGAAUGGAUCUGACAUAUGGAGGUAUUAUUGCAAGUUCACUUUUUGAUUAUGCUAAUGGAAAUAGUGAUGGUACAGUUCCAAACUAUGUUUAUACAAUGUUACCAUCAACUGCUACGUUAGGAACAUGUACAUUUUAUAAUGUUACACCAGCUUAUCCUUUAUUUCCAUCAAAUAUUCUCACUGCAUCUGGUGCUACUUUUGCUGGUCUUGUUCAUGAUAAUCUUUUCUAUGCUGAUCAAGGACCAUUACAAGCAUGGGAUAUUUUAUUUGGUGGAACAGUUAGUGUUACAGUUUUUCUUGAUAACAAUAAUAUGUUAGUAAGAAUAGAUUUUUCAUCACCAACACGUAGUACGUUUACAACAACGCGUCUAUUCAAUAUUAUUCCUGGUUCACCAGCUAAAACUCUUUUCUCAAAUCCAUGUCCGACAGGAUCACCAACUUCAACUCCAAUUUCUUCUGGUGGAAGUCGAACUGUAUAA